CUGAGGCUCUGCACUGGCCGUGUUCUGGAUCACAGGAUCCGGAGGCGGCAGGGGCGAAGUUGGCCCAAGCUGUGCCUGGAGGAAAUAAAAUCAGAAAGGAAAAAAUGAGCGAAGAGAGGGAGGAGAAGAGGCGGCCACACCAUUUACACUGCCAUCAUUUGUUCCGAUGCCAGUCCUGCGCCGAGGAGUCUCGGAUACGGCCGUCACCCUUGGAGCCCCCAGACUUGGGAGAAGCCAGCUUUGUAUCUGGAAGGUGAAGGAAGGCUGGCCAGGAGUAACUUCAGCCAUGCCCACCAAAGCGUCCCCCCUGCCACUCACCACCAGCUCCGAGAACAGCAGCUCCGUCUACGACUAUGAUUACCUGGACGAUGUGACCGUCUUGGUCUGCAGGAAGGAUGAGGUCCUGUCCUUUGGGAGAGUCUUUCUGCCGGUCAUCUACAGCCUGAUCUUUGUGCUGGGCUUGGCUGGGAACCUCCUCCUCCUGGUGGUACUUCUCCGCUACACACCGCGAAGACGGAUGAUCGAGCUCUACCUGCUGAACAUGGCCAUCUCCAACCUCUUGUUUGUAGUGACGAUGCCCUUCUGGGCCAUCUCUGUGGUCUGGCAUUGGGUUUUUGGCAGUUUCAUGUGUAAGGUGGUGAGUGUUCUCUACACGAUUAACUUUUACAGCGGCAUCUUUUUUAUCACUUGCGUGAGCCUGAACAAAUACCUGGAGAUCGUUCAUGCUCAGCCUCUCCACAGACCGCAGACCCGGUUCAGGAACCUGCUCCUCAUUGCCGCAGUGUGGACCACAGCCCUGGCCAUCUCUGUCCCAGAGAUGGUCUUUGUCAAGGUCCACCAGACCUCAGAUGGCGUGUGGCACUGUUACGCGGAUUUUGGCGGACACGCGACCGUUUGGAAGCUCUACCUGCGCUUCCAGCAGAACCUUCUGGGGUUUCUCCUCCCAUUCUUGGCCAUGGUCUUUUUCUAUUCCCGCAUCGGCUGUGUUUUGGUCAGGCUGAGGCCGCCAGGCCAGGGCCGGGCUCUGAGGAUGGCCGCAGCCCUGGUGGUAGCUUUCUUCCUGCUCUGGUUCCCGUACAACCUCACCGUGUUUCUGCACUCGCUCUUGGACCUGCACGUCUUCGGGAACUGCCAGAUCAGCCACUCUCUGGACUACACGAUGCAGGUGACGGAGAGCCUGGCCUUCUUCCACUGCUGCUUCACGCCAAUCCUCUAUGCCUUUUCCAGCCGCCGCUUCCGGCAGUAUCUGAAAGCUUUCCUGGCUGCCGUGCUGAGAUGGCACCGGGACCCUGGCCCUGCCCAGGCCCUGCCAUCUAGCCAUUCGGAGAGCAGCAGGGUUACUGCCCAAGAAGAUGUGGUCAGCAUGAAUGACCUGGGAGAGAGGCAGGCUGAUGACUCCCUUAACAAGGGGCAUACGGGGACUGAUUAGGCCUGAGUGGCCGUGCCAUUCUGGAAAGAACACCACUCCCUCUCAGGGCCCGCAUGACUGCACUGCUUGGCUGGUGGUUCUCAACCACCAGCAGUCCUUUUUCAUGGCUGCCCCUUCCUCCGUCUCCCUGGACCCCAUGCUGUCUGCUGAUUCGCUGCAAUGGUCCCCAUGAUCUUUGCUUCUGUGGCUUUCUGGGCCCCUAGCAACCAGUGAGGUCAUUCUACUUGGGCUUCAAGGGCUUUGUGACCAGCCUAUGAUCUCACCUCUGCCAUGCUCCCUAGUCUCCCCUCCCAGUAGGGAGAGCUCAGUCAUGCCACCUGCCUGGACAGUCGUCCCCUUGGGGAGCGAUGGCUCAUUCCUUUGUUCUUGGGGUCAUGGCUCAGAUCUCACGGUGUUGGUGAGGGGCCCCAUGCUCACCCUACUUCAUACCCUGUCUGCAUCCCUGAUGCUCUAGACUGUUGGCAUCUGCCCUGACCACUUACACUCAGUCCACAGAUUUCUCCCGUCUGUGGCGUCCACUCAUUACUGCCUUAAGCCCAUCCACCCUGCAGAGCCGCGGAGGAAGGCUCUUACUGCGUGGUCACAGCUGCACUCAAACCCAUGUUACAGAAGGAAGUGUCUGUGGAGUGUGAGUGACGAGUUCUUUCUUUGUGGCAUUUUUUGGAAGAGCCACAGGUGCUCUCCCCACCAGGGCCCUUUUCUGUGUAACUCAGAGGGGUCUACACCUUCCUGGCCUUGACAGUUGCUCCAAAGCUGUUGUCUGAAGGCACUGGAGGUGCUCCAGUCGGAGAAUAGCACAGCAGGCGCACAUCUGGCAGGAGGAGGAAGGCAGGAACCAUCCCAGCUCGGGCCUGAUCUCGGGACCUUCAGUCUUUCCGGGGUCUGUCAGUCAAGUUCAAGGCUUUCUCUGAACUUUCCGAAAGACAUGCUGGGGAGAAGGCGGCCCCUCAACACAUCCUGCUGGGAAAACUGGGUUUGCACGUGUGGGAGAUUAAAACAAGAUCCUAUCUCUCAUCCGGUACGAGAGCAGCUAAAAAUGGAUCAAAGACUCGGUAGACCUAAAGCUUUGACCCAAAGGAAAAGCACAGGGAAACAACCAAGACAUCAUCAGAGGCAAGGACUUUCUGAGCAAAGUUCCAGUAUCCCAGGAAACACAAGCAGGAACUGAGAAGCAGGAUUGCAUGAAGUUACAUGGUGUUAUAGUCUCCAAGGCAUGGGGGGCAAUGGUCAGGAUAAAAAGACGGCUUCAUCUGUCUCUUUAACCCAGCUCACUUUUACCUAACAGGGCCAAUAUCCAGACUGCACAGGGAACUGAAAAAUUGACAAGGUCAAAUAAUCCAAUAAAAAAAUAUGGGCGAGUGGUCUGAACAGGCAUUUCUCAAAAGAAAAGAUGCUCAAUAAACAUGAAAAACACUCUGCAUCCUUGUCCGUCAUGGAAACGCAAAUCAGAAUGAUGCUGCAGGUCUACCUCACCCAGGUCAGUGUUCCCAAGAAGUUACAAGAACAGCAGAACCAUGGACUCUGGUGGGACACGGGGAAGAUGGACCCUUAGUGACUGCCGCUGGGUAAACUGGUACAGUCGCUGUGGGCAGGAAUUUGUUGGUUAAAGACCUGAAAACUGCUAAUGACCCAUCAAUAAAACCCCUGAGUGUCCAUCCCUGAAGGAAGUAAAGUCGGUGAACUCCAGAGACAACCGUGCACCGUGUUUAUCAAUAGCCAGGAUGGGAAUCAGGAUUAGUUAGUUAGUAUUAAUUAGUUAGUAUUAAUACUGAUUAAUUAAUCAGUAUUAGUUAGUAUUAAUUAGUUCAGCAACUAAUGAAUGGAUGUGGAAAAAACCAUAAACACACUGUAGGGUAUUUUACCCAGCCUUGAAGGAGACGAGGAGGAGAAGCCGGAAAAUGAUAGUAUUCUGAUUGAGUCAAGUGACAUAAGCCAGGUUUAGAGGAGUUUCACGUAUUUCCUCUACUUUGUGGAAACUAAGACAAGAGAGUAGGAAGUAGGAAUAGGGAGAGCAGAGGGAGGAAGGCAUGGCGCAUGUAUGUCAUGGACAAAGCAUGACAUUCACAUGUAUGGAAAGGUCACAGAGAACCCUGUCAGUCUACACAGGAUGAGCCCAUAACUACAACAACAUUGCUUGGCAUGAAGGCCAGGACUUGUGUGUGUGUGCACAUGGAUGUGCGUGUGUGAGUGGGUGUGCAUGUGCGCAAUGAAUAGGUAUGUGCCAGUACAUACAUCCACCUUUGUUUUUUGAGACAAGGUCUCUCCCUGGUCAAGGCAGACCCCUGUCUUCCCCUUCCCCGAGGCUGCGCUGGUAUAUGUACCAAGCCUGGCUUUUUGACACAGGCUCUGAGGAUUGGACUCAGGUUCUGGUCCCUGUGUGGCAGGUACUUCCUCGACUGUUCCUCUUCAACCCAAGGCCAGCGCUUUCUCAGCCACAUCCAGGAGUCUUCACCCUCCAGCUCCUCCAUUUCCUGAACACCCACCACUCUGUGCAGCUCUCGUCUGCCCUGCUCCCUCUGUAAUAAAGUUUGUUCUGGUCACGCAUGUUCUCCCUCCUCUUCCGAGCUAGUCCUAGCUGCUCUGGGGGAAGUUGCCCUGCCCCGUGCUCUGGGUGGAGUCUUAGACUGUUCUGAUUUGGAUCAGCAUCCUCUGAGUUUCCCGUGAUAACGGUUUGGUCCCAGGUGUUACUGCUGAGUAGUGGAGAAACCUUCAGAAGGUGGGGCCUCCAAGCAUGCCCUUGAAGGAAACACUGGAGCCUGAACCUUUGCCCUCA